AUGUUUGCUGCCUCUGUCACUCCAGCUGGCACAUUCCACACCUUCAAACUGGCUCUCUUGCUAUCCCUUGCUUCUUGUUCCUCAAAUAAGGCAGGGUUAGCAGUGCUGGGAGUGGGUAGUAACACCACCCUGCUGCUACGGCUGUUGUGGUACAGUGCUCGCUACGCUCCUCACGCAGUUACCCAUUCCUCCCUGAAUGCUGUCACUGCUGCCUGUACCAAGGACCCGGAUGGUAUUGUGUGGGUUCAGGGAGGCUCGCUCCUCUUGGCUCAUGGUGGAGUUUGUGUCUUGGGGGAUUUCUCUAAGUUCAAAAAGGAGUCCAGGCAGUCAGUUUGCAGAGUUCUGGAGAGUGGGGUAGUGCAGGUUGAGUGUGCCACACGUCUCCGUCAACAUACACCCACCCUGAAGUAUCCGCUACGUGCUGCAGCUUGGGCAUGUUAUGACCCUGCUCAUACCCGCACCAGUACCACAAACACCAAUCCUCUUGAUAACUUCCUGCAUGUACCACUUGGCGACCUCACCAAAUCAAUCACAGAUGUAUUUGGACUAGUGGUGUAUGCAGAGACUCCGGCGGGAGAGUGUGAGAGUGAGGCAGAAGAGGUGAUCACCUUGCACACACUCCUGGAGGCCACCACACAGUAUUCUCCACCUAAACCACUCCUUCCCCCAGAUCAGCUCACCCAGUAUUUGUGUAUGGUAAGAGGCCUGCAGGUGGAGUUCAGUGUUUGUGCAGAGAAACUGAUACGUGGUUACUAUGUGGCCACCAGGAGGCUUCGUGGAGAUUGUGUACAGGGGUCCUCAGUUCCUGUCACUGCUAUACACACUCUAACUCAAGUUGCUGCAAGUCAUGCUCGUCUUGCUCUCCGUAGCACUGUAGAAGGAUGGGAUGCAGUUGCUGCAGUGUUACUAUGUGAAGAAGCCUUGGCAGCACACUCAGGCUAUUCACUUCUACAAAUACAACCUACCCCUCACCUCCCACUUCACACUGACCUCCACACUCUAGUAGGGAGGAAGAAUGAUGAACGGAUGGUAAACUUUCAGAGGACACUUGAGGAAUUUAUAGAAACUCACACAGGUGAUAUACCUACAGUUACCUAAAUAUCAGAUGAAGAGGAUUUACCAUAAUACAUAAUAGCAGGAGAAUACUUGAUUUACCGUAAUACAUAAUAGCAGAAGACUUACUGUACAUAAUUGAGAGGAAGUUGGAUAGUUUUGUGUACGUACUGUACUGUGAAUGGAAAAAUUCAGUCAAACUUCAGUAGAUUUUGAAAUAUAUAAAUAAUAAUGGUAAAAAGACACAGAAUACAUUAUAUUCUAAAAUGUAAUUUCAAUAUGUAUGUGUGGCAUUGGCUAUUCUUGGUUUACUUAUGGAAUUGGUGUUCAAGUUGUUUUUUUUUAACUGGUACUGUACCAAUUUAGAUUGUGUACUGUGAUGUCUUAUCACAUCAAUACAACUCCCUUCAUAUUACAGGAAAUAACAUUCUAAUGCAGUACUAGUACAAUGCAAUACAGGUAUUGGGAACUACUAUUCAGUAUACUCUUUAUGUGGAGUAUACUGUACUGUAUCACUAAAUAGAGCACGGAUUAUCAAAUGGGUUACAUGAUGUAUUGUGCAUGACACUGGAUAUGUGGUGAAUCACUUAAUUUGUGAGGAUUAUCUACAAUUCUAUCUUUUAAUGAGGUAACAAUUUGGUUGGCUAUACAUUGCAAUACAAGUUCAUUCCUGUAUUAAGUUCCUUUUUAUGGCAUUAUUUCAUUUAACUGAUGGUUUUCUUUCUCGCUUGCUACCAUCAUUUAGUUAUUUACAGCACAUUCCAAUUUCUUUUUUUUAUUUGCACCCUCUGUUUUAUAUAACUCCACUAUUUCAUUCUUCCUUUUUAUUAAUGUACCUACUAUGCCUUAUUAGCAGGGACAUCAUGACCCUUUCCAAAUGUUUAGUUGCAUCUUUCAUAAAACAUGAAGCAACUUACUGGGUAUUUAUUUCUGACCUGCUCAAGUAAACUAGAAAACUUAAUUCUCAAGAUUCCUAUGUUUCUUGACACUAAUACUUGUAUAUCUAAAGACAUGGGACACAAAGGAAUUUGGAGCACAUUCCAAAGGAAUCAUCCUAUAUUACGUGAAAAAGUUCUAGGCAAUGCAGACGAUCAACUACAGUACUCAAGAAAAAAAAAUACUAUACAAUGUUACUAUGUUUUGAGGUAAAGAGGGUUUUCAGUGUAUACAGGGGUCCCUGGGUUACGAAAGGGUUCCGUUCCUGAGGACGUUCGUAAGUCGGAUUUGUACAUAAGUCGUAAC